AUGCUCACUUCGAUCCCAUCAUUGGUCACUCACCAUGAGAGCUCUCUCACGAUGGCCAUACCCACGGGAGAAGAGAUCAAGGAAGUAGUUUUCUCUAUGAGCAGACAUCGUGCACCCGGGCCCGAUGGUUUCCCAGCUGAUUUUUACAUUUCAUGUUGGGAUAUCGUUGGCACUGAUCUCAUCCAGGCUAUCAGGGAAAUCUUUCGUCGUAAAGUCUUUACACGAAGUUGGAAGGCCACCUUCCUUGCACUUAUACCGAAGGUGACUACCCCAACCUCAUUUAGAGACUUUCGACCUAUCAGUUUAUGUAACGUGUGUUAUAAAGUUGUAUCUAAGAUCGUUACAUGUAGAUUGAGUAGUUUCCUUGAUAGACUUAUAUCUCCAGAGCAAUGCGGAUUUGUCAAGGGACGGUACAUUCACGAUAACAUCAUGCUAGUACAUGAACUAGCACAGUCCCUUGGCCAUGACUAUCGAGGCUCCAACAUCAUCAUCAAAUUAGACAUGGAGAAGGCCUUUGAUAGGAUAGAGUGGAGUUUCCUCAUUAAGGUUCUUAGAUGCUUUGGGUUCACCGACGACUUCAUUGACUUAGUUGAUGCAUGUGUUAGGGAGAAUCAUUUCUCUUUAUUGGUGAACGGUAGCUCCACACCAUUCUUCACGGCCACAAGAGGUCUACGACAGGGCGAUCCACUAUCACCCACCCUCUUCAUCUUAGUCGAAGAAGUCCUCAGUCGAUCCCUCACUCGAGCGAUCAAUCAAGGACUUAUCCGACCAUACUACUCGAAGAGGGGUUGUCCGAUCAUCUCACACUCCCUCUUUGCUGAUGAUGCGAUACUCUUCCUCAAUGGAUGUGAGACAUCCAUUAGAGGGCUCAUGAGUAUUAUCUCGAGGUAUGAGCGAGCUGCAGGUCAACUCGUAAAUGCCUCGAAGAGUAGCUUCAUGGUAGGCCCUUCUACCCCCAUAGGGACCAUACGACGCAUCCAGGGCCUAACGGGGUUCUCUCGUGGACACUUACCUUUUGACUAUCUAGGAUGUCCUAUCUUCCUCGGCCGUAGGCGCAUACACUAUUUUGACGCCCUAGUGGGCAAGUUGAGGAAGAAACUAGCAGGAUGGAAGAUACAGCUUCUAUCCCCUGGAGGACGGAUCCAGUUGAUACGCCAUGUCCUCAUGAGCAUGCCAUUACACCUUUUGGUAGUCCAUGAGGUACCAGACACCGUCUUACAGUCUAUUAGACGGAUAUGCACGUCCUUCCUUUGGGAUGGACAACUUGAGGGACCUCGUCGCCAACGCCGAGUUUCUUGGGAGAAAGCAUGUCGACCUACGGAUGAGGGUGGCCUAG